AAAAAAGAAAUCAUCAGAAGCACAAACUAGGGCAAGCUCCGUUCGGGCCGGACUAGUCAGCCCAGCCCACCCUGACCGUGCGCGGCGGACGGACACGCAGAAACGAAUUAGGAGGCGGCGACUUGGCCCAUUAACUUACAAGUCCAAGGAAAGGCCCAUAGCUUCGUUCACUUCGGUCGGCCCCAAGGAAAGGCCCAUACCUGGUUGCAGCGUGAAUUGCAUACUGGGCCACAAAUCCAGCCCAUGCCUAUCUCCACCGGCCCGGUCCUGUCAGAGAGGCUUUUGCUAGGUUUUGGCACAACCGCCGGUUGGCCGCACAAGCGCUCGCGUCUCCUCCCCUCCCGCUCCCGGCGGCGGGACUGCCGAUUCCGUUUGACUCGCCGGAGCGGACCAGCUGUCGAAGCCUAGAUGGCGAAGGGCGACGAUGCGUUGGCGCGGAAGCGCAACCGGGUGCGCCGCAAGCGCCUGCGCAGCAGCGAGAACGCCGUCUCCGCGCGGGUCGCGGCAAUCAUCGCCUCCAAGCGCCGCCGCAAGUCCGGGAAGCGCCGCGGCUGCGAGGGCAUGUGCUUCUCGCUCCCCACGCCCGACGACCCCUUCAACGAGCGCCACGGCAAGAAGCACAAGGACGAGGAGGCGACCGACGACACAGCUGACGCCGCCGUCGUGGCCAAGGACGACAACCCCAAGAAGGACCCGAACACUAAAAAGCAGCCGCCGGCUAAGGCCGGGACUAAGACCAAGUCGAAGGCCAUACGCGAGCGAGCGACGGAAACGGAAGUGGACUUCGACCGGCCGUCCAAGUUCCUGGUAGUUUGCCUUAACGCUAUCCGGGAUGCUGUAGCGCCCGAGGACGGCGGCGGCAGCAUCCAUGGCGCCGGCGACUGGGGCGUGGAGCUCUGGAGGUGCUGCUCCGCACCGGCGCCGUCCGACGUCCUCGAUACUGGCGGCUCGUGCGCCACGGUAGAGCAGACAGCGUGGCUCGUCUCCACCGCCUGCGACAUCAUCGCCAGGAAGGAGAGGCUUGGGAUGGUCGUAUCCUGCCCCUUCCUGCUGCACCUCGUCCCGUCCCAGGAAAAGGCCGCGCGAGUGCGAUCGAUAUGCAAACCCCUGAAGCCUCUUGGGAUUCAUUCAGUGAGCUUGCAUCCUGGCGCUUCCAUUGAACAUCAGAUCUCUGGACUGAAAACUUGUGAGCCAGAGUUUCUUAUAGCUACCCCUGAGAGGCUUCUUGAACUUAUGUCAUUAAAGGCAAUUGACAUAUCAGGUGUAUCAAUGAUGGUCAUUGACGGAUUGCAAUAUUUCCUGGACCUCAGUGUCAGUGACAAAAUCUUUUCUAUUAGAGACGCCAUAUCAAGCAUUCUUCAGAUAACUAUCUUCACUGACCCAUCUGACCAAAGUGUCGCAUCUAUGGCUAAAAAUCUACUCUGUGGAAGAAUUACAAAGCUCUCUAUCAACGAUUCUGUUUCUUCACGAAGUGCUUUUGUAACGCAGAGUGUACACUUUUGUCCAUCGGAGGAGCUGAAAACAUCGAAGGUCAAGGAAAUCCUUGAGCAGAUUUUGCAGAGUCAUGCUAAAAAGUCAUCAAAGGUUCUGCUAGUAGCCGCAAACAAGAAAAAUGCACAGCACCUAUCAUCAUCACUUAAACUGGGAAAUUGCACAGUGACUGAUGACUCACAUGGCAACUCUUUUACCAUAUGCAGCAGUGUUGGGCUGAUGAAUGUACAUGUUAAAGACCGGGAGAACAUGGCGAUGACAGACAUAGAGGAAUUUGAGACUGUGUUGGUGGUUGAUUUGCCUCCUUCAGUCGAUGAAUACGUUGAGAUCCUCACUGGGGUUGCUCGUCAGAUGAUUGGAGGGGAGGUCCAUAGUAUCUUCUGUAACACUGAUGCUCCUGUUGCGAAACCCUUGGCCGAGCUUCUUGCAAACAGCAGCCAGGUGGUGCCUGAAUUUCUCCAAAAAAUGGAGUCUUCAUAGCAGACUUGAUUACCCUAUCAGUGUGGCCAGAUUAUAUUGUGGUGAUUCGGGUUAGUUGCUGCCAUUCAUGGCGCUUCUUUUCACCAAUCAAGUCUGACUACCACUACUACUAGCUCUUGUUGUGAAAUGUGAAUGCCUUGAAUCCCAUUUUCUGAAAGGAGUGGCUCAGUUGUAGUUCACUGGUUUGCCAGCCUCUAUUAUUGUGAAUUUUGUCAGAGGAACUGCGUCGGUCACCAGGGACCGCCAUUUGCUCCCUUUUUCUUUUCAAAGGGAUAGGUCUCUAGAUCUUUAAAGCGCAUCAAAUGUCAAAGACAUAGGCUUCUUUUAAUCAAGCACCUUUUUCAUCUUUACCGUACUCAUCAGCUUGCUGUCAUCUCAAUGGAUUCUUCGGCUGACUGCUGCUGAUCGAGUUGGUGGCAACAACUAAAGAAAGGGUCCGGGAGCUGUGUGCACCGUCCAGCAACCUUUGCCUUGUCGCAUUGGUCCUGGCAUUCGCACCACGAAAGCUUUGCGAACGGAGCGCUAUGGCUGGAUGCUGAUCGUCUCAUCGGCAGUGGAAGAUCUUGGUGACUCGGCUCGGGACCAUGAGCAGCAGGUUGUUGGUCCUGCAAGGAAACAAAGUCACUAUGCACGAGUUGGCGUCAUAUGUGACUAGUUCGACUAUGAUAUCUGCUUUCUUGA